GUUCCUGUACUGCGCUUCCUCUAUCUAUAUAUUGCCCUUGAUUGAAAUUUGAAAGAGCCGGUUGCGAUGACGUGUUUAGGAGAUAAAAGGAUUAAAGUCCAGUUACCCCCUGUUACUCCACAACACUCGUAUUUUGACAACCGUGGAAUUUUAUUGAUUUGUGGGAACAUCGAUGUGAUGUUCGUUUGUUGGGAGAAUGCAACGGUAGUUACAUAAUCCUUUCCCGAAUGUAACACGAGCAAGCACGAGCCGUGCCGAUAGUCUCCGAAGCAAAGCUAACCGGUUGCGCAGCAACGGGUAUUAAACAAUAUGGCGGCCAAAAUACACGUUAAAUAUCCAUAAAAUCAGGUUGUGCUGUGUUUUCCUCGAAAUUCCACUAACCGAAUGGAUUAUAAAUGAUAUAAUAUGAUUAUUAAUCAAAAUAGUAUCAAGUCAAACGACAGUUCUUUGAAGGAGAAUUGGAAGAAGCAUGGUGCUGAACUAUUUCCUUGUGCCUCUGGUGUCCAAGCUCCCUAUGUAGGUCAAGCUGACUCAACAUUUAUUGCGUCUAAAGAACACCAUGAUCUUCAUCCAACGCCAACUAACUUGUCAGACACAUCAUUUAUAGCUGAUGAAUUGCCUGCACAAAAAUCGAAAAAGAAGUCACCUCAAAAGACCAGGCUCCUUGGCGAUGUUGUGGACCCAUUUGCUCACACGUCUGUGGCGAGUUUGCAGGAAUUGCUGCCUCAAACCCGCUUAUAUCUUCCGGAUGUUGGGAAAAAGAGAGGAAAGAAGCAAAAACAACAAAAAAUGAAAGAAAUAAGCAGCGGCAUGAGCUUUUCACAAGAUGUAAUGGCAUUUCGUUGCUCUCAUUUGAUCGAUUAUGAUGAAGAGACGAUUAACAAAACUGUGUAUCAAGGAUCGCGGAGUCGUAGGCAGAAACGAAGAGAUCAACCUUCACCUACUGGAUUUCCCCCAAAACAUACGUUAUGUCAUCUUAACGAGCACGAACAAAAUAAACUUGUACAUAAGCCAAAAGCUUUUGUUGAGAUUGACAAACAAAUGAAACAUGAAUUUGAGGAGAUAUUGUACUCGGUUGCAAAAUCCACGAGACCUUUUAGAUCUAGUGUUGGAAAAUUCGAACAAUCUGAAAAGUCAGCGGAGGAUAGUCCUGAAUGGGAUGAAUAUGUUUUAGCCUUGCUCAGUCAGUCUACAGCAAGAUGGCUGAGUGAUGAAUUAUCCAGCGGCCCUGAACAAACUCGGUUGGUAAACUUUUUAAAGAAUCGUUAUGAAAAGAUGGAGAAUAAGGAAGACGACGAGUCCGCAUCAGCUACGCAGUUGAAAGACGAAACACAUAAAAGAGAAAACAGUAAAUUUGGCGAAGAGCUUGAUAAAGUUUUAACCGAUGCAAAUUUUGAGCCACAUUAUUCCCCAUCGUUCACUUUACCUCCUGCGGUUGGAAAAAAGAAAUUUACUACGGAUAAUAUCUUUCAACAAGAGAUGAUGGCUGGCGCGUUUCCUGUUAGGACUGGCCGAGCGCCUCGUAAGAGCAUUGUCCUCGACACGAACUCGCAUUUGAAAUUUGAAAAGAAACUUCAAGCGAAUUUUCCAGAAGAUCCGAACAAAUGGUCAAAAGGAAAAAACCAGAAAGCGGCGAAGUUACCCGGAAAGGUCGUGAAAGGUUUGCAAAGAUGGAAUGAGUUACCAGCGUUGCUGCAGGACGACACGUAUGUUCCUUCAUUUCAAACAUUUGAAAAACCGAAGAAAACAUUACGAGAGAUAGAAUUGAUGUCUGCUCAUAAAACACGGGAGGAUAACAAUAUACUACGUAUUGGUGAAGAAUGGAGAACUAAAUGGAUGUUGGAAAAGCGCUGGCAAACCGCUUCAACUGAGGAGCUCAUUCGUGGAAUGAAAGACAUCAACGAUCACGUAAGACUAGCGGCUGUGGCUGCUUGCAACAAAGCUGCUGAACUCAGGCAGCGCAGGCGAGCUGAACAAGGAUUUGUUUUACGACCGGAUAAAGCGAGUUUGGACGCUGAAAAGAUGAAGAAGGAAUUGGAACCAGAGCUUUUAGAUUGUAUUUCAAAUUUACUUGAUGAUAGUUGCAAGCAGGUGCAACUGACUGCAGCUGUAACCUUGUGUUCACUGGAUAUUUCUGAACCAAAGGCGGUGGAGAUUUUAAAAGAUUGUGUCCAAAAUGGCAACGAUAUUGAACGCUGGUUAUCUGCUCAGUGUCUGGCCCUAUCAGGACAUUCUGCUGAUUAUAUUAUCACAGAAUUAUUAUCGCAGACAUCCAGCACAGAUCUCGUUCGACAAGAGCAAGCCGCUGUUUUACUGUGGAAAUUAAGCCAUCAUUCGUCGCUGGUUCAUUCGGUGGUCGCAGAGUUACUAAACAGCAGCAGUUGUCAUGAUAGACUUGUGGCUUGCCGACUUUUACCUCGUUUGAAAGGAUCUUUAAAUAAGGAUAUUGCUCAGAAGCUUUCCUACAUGAUGUGGAAUGAUUGGGAGAAAUCCGUGCGAACUGCGGCGGCGCAGGCCCUGGGGCGGACCGGGAAUGGCAAGCUUGUUCAUGACGCAUUAUUGAAAAGACUUCAGGAAGACAACGAAAGGGUGAAGACUGAUGCUCUUCGCAAGUUGGCCAACUUGGGCAUCAUGACGGUCCACUUGCUACCAGCCUUCCUGUCCUGCUUCAAGAGCGAGUUUGUUUCUGUGAGAUUAGAAGUUGCUACGGCUUCUGGAGCUAUCAAUACCCCGGAUGACAGGAUCGUCGCUGCCUUGGUUGACCUCGCCAGCGAAGAUCACAGUUGGAAGGUCAAAGCUCAUUCAAUAAAUGCUUUAGGAAAAAUCGGAAAAGUAACGGAUGGCGUCAUAGAAAUGUUGGCAUGGAGCAUGCGUUAUAGCAAAGAGGCCGCUGUACGUGCUGAAGCAUGUAAUGCUGUUGCAAAACUUGGCCUCAAAGAUCGACGCGCAUUGAGUGUGCUACAAGACAGAUUGAUCGUUGAAACAGAUGAAAUCGUACGAAUCGAAGCUGAGCGAGCGUUGAAGAGUCUAGAAGUGGAAUUCACAGGAGAUUUAGAAAUGUUGAAUGCGAUACAAUCCGAAGUGAAACGCCUGUGUAAAAAAGACAACGUCAUCUCGUGUAUUUUACAACGUGAUAAACAAGAAGAUUAUAACAGAGACUUUGAGCGUCUGAUCGCGGCCGAUGUCAAAACGCCGCUCAGCUGUAAGGAAUCAGCGCAUGCGUCGGAAAGGUCCGUGAAAUCUAGCGAAGGCUGGAAUCCAAUCCUCGCUGGAUUUCGCGCACGUUCUGCCUUGUCCGAGCCCAGUCCACCAAUGGUGAUGAGAAUGGAGCGAUCACGAUUACCCGUCGACCUGAACAGCGCAACGUCUGAAGGAAGUGAAAGGACUAAGUCAGAGCUAGACUCGUAUCCAGAUUCAAUGAGGUCAAGAUCAACGACUGUUGACGAAACCGAUGCGGUUGAUGGUGAAAAUUAUCCAGUUAUAACUAUAGAUCAGAAAGAUGAUUCUGCUGAAAAUAUCUCAUAAUUAAACUGAAUCAGUAUUAAUAUUAUCCUAUCACUUUAAGUGUUAAUACUUUGACAAG